AUGAGCAGCCUCCCCAUCCUGCAUUGGCUCCUGUUCCUGCUCGCACUCCAUGCCCCUCAAGCACAAGGGGCACCGAACAAGACACCAGGCACCCAACAAUGCUAUGUACUCAGCCUGAUCCGGGAAAUUAUAACUGAGCUAGACAAGCUACCUGUGGCUUCAGAAGACUUCUUGAACUCCAACGAAAAGAGGAGGCUGAUGAAAAUAAGCCUCCGGAGGCCAAACCUGGAAGAAUUCCUGACAUUUGCCACAAAUUCCCUUGGAGAGGAUUCGAAAAUCACGAAAAAUCUUAAGGAAAUCCAGUCAAUCCUGCCCACAACCAUGUCCACGGUAAGUUGCCCCCUAGAUGUCCCUGCAGGUGAUGCCCUCAGUUACGACCUGACCCCAGCCUGUCAUCCACCUUCCAACCUGGCUCCAUCUAAUGCCACAUUCUUGGUUUCUUCACAGGAAGAGCCAAUCCUUAUUGAGAAGGAUAACUUGGGUGACUUCCGGGUGAAAUUGAAGGAAUAUCUGUCUGCCAUUAGAGACUCUCUCAAUUGUAAGAACACAAAGAGCCCUAACGUCUGA